AGAAGAGUCGAGAAGAAGAAGCUUUAAGCUAGCCUCUUCCGUAAGCCCACGCCGUGAAUUUGAACCGGAAACUUCUUGAUUCUCGGGAGAUGAGAGCUCCGGGUGAAAGCGAAGACGCCGUCGUGAUCCAAAAGGCGAAGAAGGCGGGAGAGGCGCAUGUUAUCACCGUGAAUUGCCCUGACAGGACCGGUUUAGGGUGUGACAUUUGCAGAAUCAUCCUCGAAUUCGGGCUUUAUAUCGAAAAAGGAGAUGUUACAACCGAUGGAGUAUGGUGCUACAUAGUUUUGUGGGUGGUUCCUCAUUAUGAAUCUCUGAUAUUGAGAUGGUCACAUUUGAAGAACCAGCUUGUAUCUGUAUGCCCAUCUUGCUCCACCUACUUCGUUCUCAAUCUGAUGUCUCCUUUUCCUGCAUCAUCAACACCUGUUUACUUGCUGAAGUUCUUCUGCCUAGACCGGAGAGGACUCUUACACGAUGUUACUCAAGUACUAAUUGAGCUUGAGCUCUCAAUUCAAACCGUGAAGGUCACUACUACACCAGAUGAGAGAGUUUUGGAUCUUUUCUUCAUAACAGAUAACAUGGAUCUUUUACACACGAAAAAGCGCCAAGACGAGACACUAGAGCAUUUUCGUUCUGUCUUAGGAGAAUCAUGUAUAAGCUGUGAGCUCGAGUUGGCUGGUCCUGAGUUUGAAUGUCAUCAGAAUAUUCCAUCUCUUUCUCCAGCAGUAGCUCAAGAGUUGUUUACGCAGCACACCGAUGAAGAUAGUCGCGCACAGGUUCUUAGUGAUGAUAUGAUAAAGCUGAAGAAUUCCACAAAUAUCACAGUUGACAACUCCUUGAGCCCAGCUCACACAUUACUCCAAAUACGCUGCGUUGAUCACAGAGGCCUUCUCUACGAUGUAUUACGAACCUUGAAAGACUUUGACAUUAAGAUAUCUUAUGGCAGGUUCUUGCCUCAAACACAAGGUCAACGGGAUCUAGAGCUAUUUGUUCAGCUGAAAGAUGAGAAGAAGAUCUUGGAUCCUGAUAAACAAAACUCGUUAUCUUCACGUCUGAAAGCUGAAAUGCUUCAUCCUUUACGGGUCAUAAUAGCAAACAGAGGACCAGACACUGAGAUUUUGGUUGCCAAUCCAGUUGAGCUAUCCGGGAAAGGCCGGCCGAGAGUGUUCUAUGACGUUACCCUUUCGCUAAAAGUGCUUGGGAUCUGCGUUUUCUCGGCUGAAAUAAGAAGAUACACGGCUAGUGAGCGAGAAUGGGAAGUGUACAGGUUUCUUCUGGAUGAGAACUGUUUGUUCGAGCUCGGAAGCGAUUCUGCUAGGAAUGAGAUUGCUAAUAAAGUGAGACGAACAUUGAUGGGUUGGUGA